AUGGACAUCCAAGCAUCGUCCCAAAAAGAUAUAGUUCGCGACACCGCCAAAGACAAAAAUUUGACUCUUCAACAGAAAUUAGCUUUGCAUUUAGAGGAGCGUAAAAGAGAACCAGCGGCGUCCCCGCGGAACCUCAAUAAGUACCUCCCAAUCGUGUUCUUAGCGGAAGUGAUGGUGGUCUGGUACUACGGCACGUGCCAGGGAAUUCCUUUUUUGUAUGCGGAUUUCGGAGAAGAAGUUAUAAUCGUAAUUCAGGGGAUUUGCAGUUUUAUGGCUGUGCAGAUGUUGCUGAACUGGUGGUGUGUCUACACGGUAAGCUCAGCCUAUGACCCCCACAGGCAUGGCACUUACCUCGAGUUCCUCGACCGACAACAAUCCCAGACAUCAUCACAGGUAACAACGUCUAUAGAUGUACAAAGUAGACAAUAUGGAGCUGGAGGAUCUACAAAUGGUUCCACUUCCGGUUCCCCUUCACGCCCACCAUAUUGGUCGUGGCGAUAUUGCACCGUAUGUGAUCAGCCACGUCCACCUCGUUGUCACCACUGCAAACUUUGUAACCGGUGUUCACUAAAACGUGAUCACCACUGCUUCUUCUCACGGAAUUGUAUUGGCUACCGGAACUUGCGUCAUUACACAGUUAUGAUGUUCUGGUGCUGUGCUUCGUCUGUGGUUGGUUUUGUGCAUGCUCUGCCGUUCAUUUUCAUGGAAGUGUUACCUAGCACCGGUCACGUAGAUAUGCUGCCAUUCGUGGCUAUCUUCCGUUGGAUUUUCGGAUACGCACACUUCCGGGUCGGUCUUGUCAUUCUUGGAACUUGGAUGUUAGCGUUGUUUAUCAUAUUCACUACAUUCAUGUUGUACGAUAUUUGUCGGUGUAUACUGAAAGGGAAAACAUCUUUUGAAAUUGACAACAAUAUUAAAAUCAAUGAUACCAGGAGCGUGAACAGCAAAGUGAGGGCCGCGUUCGGGGACUUCUGGCUGCUCAACUUCCUGUUGCCCAUGCACUGGAGAUUCCAUCCCGAUGAGGAUCCGGUGUUUUGGCCGACCAUCAACCAGUGA